UGUGUGUGUGUGUGUGUCAGUGUGCCCACAAGUACCUGGUGAGUAAGGGUCACUCCCCGUCAGACCAGCAGCAGUUCAAGAGGCAGCUCUAUAACAUGUGGUUCAGACUCUAUCACCGAGACCACAGUGGAGGUGAGGACUCCUGUGGUUUUGAGCAUGUGUUUGUUGGUGAGUCUAAGAAAGGGAAGGAGAUCACGGGGUUCCACAACUGGGUUCAGUUCUAUCUGCAGGAGAAGCAUGGCAAUGUGGACUACAAGGGUUACAAGGCCCAGGGCAACAGGAAUACUCCAGAUGAGGAUGACCACGUUCUGAACCUGCAGUUCAGCUGGAAGGGCCUGGUCAAGCCUGUGGGAAGCUCCUUCAUCGGGGUCAGCCCAGAGUUCGAGGUCGCCCUCUUCACCAUUCUCUUCCUCGCGUCGACUGAGAAGGUGACCACGGCCGUGGUGAAGGUGGACGAGUACCUGCUAGAGAUGGUGGUGUAUCGUCAGGGGCGAUCCAUCGGAACCUCCUACCCCAAACUUCUCAGCAGCAACAACCGGGACCUGUAGUGGGGAGAUUUACGCACCCUGAUUCUGAAAUCAGGCCCAAAUGGAACCCUAAUCCCUAUGUAGUGCACUGCUUUCAACCAGGGCCCAUAGGGCUAGUAGUGCACUAUAUAGGGAAUAGGGUGCCAUAGGGCUCUGGUCUAAAGUAGUGCACUAUAUAGGGAA